AUGUCUUCUAUCGUCAACGCUCGGACCGUUGAGGUCCACAUGGGUUUCGGGGACGCUUCCGUCUUCGUCGAUGUGCGGGGCAGUUGGCUGGACUUUCUGGCGGCGGCGCUUGAAGCCUUGCGAGACUUGGAGGGCGCGGCAGUCUCUGCAGAGGGGAAGGUCAUACGCGUGUACAGUGUCGACCACGGGAGAGUGAUCGAGGGUGAGGAUUGGGAGGCCGUGAGGGAGGAGGUGAACAAGGUGGUGCUCUGGGUGUGCGAUGAGGAGGAUCUGCCAGAUAUCUUAGAAGUCGAGGCCGCAUUGGAGGUGGCGGGCGACGAUGAUGGCGUGGACGUCGCUGCGUGGGCGGAGGAGGUGGAUGCUGCUCAAUCGGAGUCCGCGGGGUAUACCUGGGCCGAGACGUCGGACCAGCCCGGAGGCGACGUAGAACGUCGCGUCUUCUUGAGCGGAGGUGUUACGGUGCACGGGCGAACGUCGUCCGGGGAGGUAAUCUCGUCGACGAUGGAGUGGGAGGGACUGUCGGACGCGGAGUUCACGAUCAGGUGGGUGGCGGGUGGGUGA